CUUGAUGGUUCUUAGUUCCUGCUAGUGCCACCGUGAAGCUAAUCGUUGAGAUGGAGAUUAGUAAAACUACCAUCGGGAUUGCAGCCGGCGUGGCCGGAACGCUGUUCCUGGGCUACUGCAUCUACUUCGAUCACAAGCGCCGCAAAGAUCCGGACUUCAAAAAGAAGCUGCGAGAGAGGAGGAAAGCGACGAAGGCUGUUUCGACUGCUGGAGGGCCACGGACGACGAUGCCCAACAUGGCAGACCAUGAAGAAGUGCAAGAUUUUUCCUCCAGGGAAAUUCAGAUGGGCGAGGCCCUCAUCUCUUCCGGUGACAUCGAGAACGGUGUCGAGCAUCUGGCUAACGCAGUGAUCGUCUGCAACCAACCGGCACAGCUUCUCCAAGUCCUCCAACAGACCUUGCCAGCCCAAGUGUUUACACUACUGAUCAAUCGUAUGCGUCAGUAA